AUGCCCACUGCUACUCGAGCAAGGCCAACGGCGCCCUCGGCGAAGCGCAGACCGUCGGGCGCGGCUAGAAGCGAAUCCGGAUACUCGCGUCGAUCGUCGCUGGGAUCGUUCAAGACCGCGGCGGGCGCGUCGGACUACAACCAAGCCAUCUCGGCGUCCGAGCAAGACGACGACAACAAUGACGACGAAGACGAGCUGGCAUCGGACGAAGAUGCGACCAUGAUUCGCAACCACCACACUACACGCGACCUCGAGGACGACGACGAGACCGAGACCGUCUCGCACCACGAGCCGGCGUCCAAGGGACUCGUGGCGCCCAAUGCAGAAGAUUCGUCGAGCAUCGACUCGCAAGAGUCGCCGGCCAUCUUCAACCACAAUGCCACCAGCGAUAGCGAGACGAUCAACAAGUCGCCCCCCACCUCGCACGAUGACGCGGUCGACCAGCGCAGUCCGCUCGACAAAUCCAAGCCCGCCAGACAGCUGCUCACCCCCGACAGGGCGCUGACACCCAAGGGUAAGGAUCGCAAGAAUGUGCGUGCCAGCCAUGCGAGCCAUCUGACGCUGCCCUACCAGCGAUCCGAAGCCGGCGAUAUGGAUGCGUCUAGGAGGCUUAGCAAGAUGACCAUUCAAAGUUACGGCAGAAGAGCCCCUUCGCGCGCAGAGAGCUUUGUCGAUGACAUCCCCGACAUGAGCAUGCGCGACGCGCGAUACCGUUCCGUAUCCGAACGCGGCGGCGGUUCGAGGGCGAGCAGGCUGGCCCCGCCAGCAUCGGUGCUCGAGUUUGGAGGAGCAUCGGCGCGAUCUUCGUUCCAGUCGCAGCGCGGACCGGGCUCGCGAUACGCGAGCAGCUACAUUGAGCCGCACUCGCUGCGCUCGCCCUCGAAGCGCGACUUCGGGUCGCCCGCAGGCAUCCAUCACCGCGAUUCGGACCGACUCAGCAUCAGCUCGCGUCGCACCGCAAGGAAGCCGGCAUCGGUGGUGUCCAAGAUGCUCGAUGCCGACACGCAGGUGUACCCGGGCACGCGCAUCCGCAAGUACAUCGAACCGCAGCUCAACGAGGCCAUGCGCCGCGUCAUGAAGCAGUUUUCCGGUCACGGCCUCCACGACCACCGAUGCGACGGUUACCCCAUCGCCGUCUUUGUCGGCGCCACCGCCAUCGAUACCGGCAGCAUCAUUCAGCCCCACGUCUCGGGCGCAGUGUCCAUGUACUUUGGCCCAGGACAUCCCAAGAACAUGGCAACCCUGCUCCCCGGCGAGGAUAGAGUGCCCAGCCACAUUCCCAACCCCAAGGCGCCCACGCCCGCAUCGCUGUCGCGCCGCGCCGAGUUGCGCUCGGCCAUCACGGCGCUGCAUACGAUCUAUGAGAUGUACCGCGGGCGCGCGUGCGCCCACGUGUGCAUCGACUCGGCCUACGUCGCCAAGGCGUGGGGAACCUGGAUCCCCACCUGGGAACUGCGCGGCUGGCCGGGCGAGGACGACCAGGAGGCCGGCGAUGAGGAGAGGUGGGAGGAGGAGUACUACGAGCGCAGGAGGAACCAGCGCAGGGUGUACGACCGUUAUGGCGCCAGGUACGAAGAUCGCAGGGAUGGAUAUGCCAGCGAUGGUGGAAGGUUCCGUCGUGAUGCGCCGCGACGACGAUAUGACGACGACUGGCUCGCCAGCGAUCCGUAUGCCGACCGCGACCGCAGCAGGAGGCGUGGCGGUGGACAGCGAAGGUCAAGGGCCGCGCACGAUUACUCGUCCGACGAAGACGAGUACGACCGCAGGGACAGGAGGAGGUACGACGAGCGCGACGAUCGACGCAGGAGACCCAUGCGCCGCGCGCCCGGCCGUCGUCUGGUCGACGAGGACCUCCUGCGCGAGCUCGCCGAUAUCCGGUACGAGUUUGCGCGUGCCGAGCGCGGCCGCCACGGCUCGGCGCAUCUGUACCUCAUCGACCGCAGCAACAACCCCGCCGACCGCAUGGCGCGCGCGGUGGCCAAGUCGGACGGCAACCUGCUCCGCCAGGAGCUCGAGGCGCUGCAUGUGGACGAUGCGGCGUUUUCGGACGACGAGCUGCUCGACCCCGAAGAGGAGGAGUGGGAGGAGACCAGGAGCCGCUUUUCGAGCACGUCCAACACCAAGGGCCGCAUGAGCAGCCGCAACAGCUCCAGGGGCAGCAUCAUCUCCAACGCCACAGGCAGGCUGCGCGCCAGUGCCUCCAUGCCCUCCGGCCGGCUCAGGGAGGGCGCCAGAAGACAGCUCGAUACGUUUGCAGAGGAGGAUGAGGACGAGAUGGACGAUGCGCGUUCGGUGCGCUCGGCAAGGUCCGCCAAGUCGGCCAAGUCGGCGAGGUCCAAAAAGUCGACGCGCGCCGAGCGCGAGCGCGACGAAUACCUCGCGAGGCAGGAGAGGAUGGAUGUCGAAGCGCUCGCGGCCCAGCGUCGGUCGGUGGCGGGCAAACGAUCCGCGUCGCGUGCGAGCCAUCUUGCGCCGCCUGCUUCCGAGCGCGGUGGUGGGUCGCGACGCUCGAUGGAGUCCAGGGCCGGCCGAAUGUCGACCGACAUGCUCUCGCCCGAGGCGGCGUCGAGGCGCGGCUCGAUGGACACGCGUCGUGUGUCGGCGGUGCGAUCGCAGCCCGACAUCCGCGGCAGCGGGCGUGUGUCGGUUCGCGGAGCGUUGGCGUCAGCAGCCAUGCGUGAAGACGACGAGUACUACCGAUCGUCAAUGCAGGUGCACAGGGAUGUAUCGGGUGGACCGAGACAUCCGAGCCACAUGGAGUAUCCCGAGAUGGACGACCUCGUGCCGCCCGCACGCGCGUGGGAUGGCGCCUCGAUGCGCUCGCGCUCCAGCGUAGACUCGCGCAGAGGAGGACUCUUUUCGCGCAAGCAGGAGUCGCCCAAGCCGGAACGAAAGUUCGGCAUGUUCUCCAACAGGUCCACGCCCUCGCUGCGUGCUCCGGCACCCGAGGAUCCCGACUACGAGUGGAAGGCCAAGCGCAAGGCGGGCAGGAAGCAGAGAGACUGGAACGCCACCACCGCCGACGACGUCGCUCAGAGGUCGCAGUGGGAUGCAGACGAGCGCGGAAAGAAGCCUGGCUUCUUUGGCAGGAUGUUCGGACGCAAGUAA